AUGGUGCUCCUCAUAUCCGCCACGGCAGACUUCUCCAUCGGCCCAAUCGUGUAUACCAUUGUUUCAGAAAUACCCUCUACCCGUCUUCGCGCGAAGUCCAUCAUCCUGUCACGCAAUGUGUACAACGCGAUCAACGUCGCUUUCGUGAACAUUGUCUCCUUUCGCCAACUCAGUCCCCUGGCCUGGGAUUGGGGUGCGAAAGCGGCAUUCUUCUGGGCUGGCACGAAUUUGCUGUUCAAUGCUUGGAUUUGGUUUCGCAUGCCUGAAACAAAAGGGAGGACAUACGCAGAGCUGGACAUUCUUUUUACCAAUGAGGUCCCGGCGAGGAGGUUCGCGAAGACAAAGAUCGAGACGUUGGGAGAGGGAACCGAGGAGGUACAGAAGGAACAGGCAGAGCGUAUCGCGGACGCAUGA